CGGGCAAAAGUCUGACGUUACCGACAACACACAACUCGUUACGUCACUUACUGACCGGUAAGACAGGGGCACGUGCGGGCGGUUAGCGAGGCUGCUAACUGAAGACUACAUGUCUGCAAGUUACCCCACACCAGUUUACUCCCAUGCAGGGAGAGGAGACUUCCGAGAUGUCUACGAGCCGGCGGAGGACUCUUUCUUACUGAUUGACGCCCUGGAGAAAGACGCGGACAGGCUGCAGCUGAUGAGCCCCUGUGUGUGUCUGGAGGUGGGCAGUGGCUCAGGAGUGGUCUCAGCUUUUCUGGCAUCAGUGGUUGGACCUUCAGCUCUAUAUCUGUGCACAGAUGUGAAUCCUGCAGCAGCCCAGUGCACGGCAAAGACAGCUUCCUGUAACGGUGUUUCACUGCAGCCUGUCAACGCAUCACUGGCAGAGUGUCUACUGCCCCGCUUAAGUGGAAAGGUGGAUGUCCUUCUCUUCAACCCUCCCUAUGUGGUCACACCUUCAGAAGAGGUGGGCAGCAGGGGUAUAGAGGCUGCCUGGGCCGGCGGGAAGCGAGGGAGAGAGGUGACCGACAGGUUUCUGCCUGUGGUAGCACAGCUGCUCUCCAGUAAAGGGUUAUUCUACCUCAUUACUAUAGCGGACAACGAGCCAGGUGAGUUUACUAAAGCCUCGGAAAUGAUUUUCAGUGCAGAGAACAUUCUGGAUAACAAGUAUAGUAUGUUUUCCUUUUCUCACCAGAGGAGAUUAUCCGUUUACUGGGCAAAUGUGGUUUGAGGGGAGAGUCAUGCUUGUCAACCAGAGCUGGAAAUGAGAGGCUGUCCGUCCUGCGCUUCCAUAGGAGCUAACAAACAUGGACCUGGCGUUUCUAAACCUGCUGAAAGCAUUUUCUAAUAACCGGACACUAUCGUCUGCAAGGACAAAUUCACUGCAGAGGAAAACUGAAACAAUCCUCAGAAGUGGGGUGAAGAACUUUCUAAAUAAAGCUCUGCAGAACAAAAACUUUUCUUUGCAAGACAUAGGUGAAAGGACUAAGGUGCUUCUGAUGUACUGCUAACGUAUGUAAAUAAAACAAAUGCCACACACGAGAAUUUGUUUUCUUGCAUUCACCAAGGCAGGUUUAAUAAUGAAAUGACAGAUUCAGCUACACAGACACUCAAACAUUCAUUAUACUAACAUAUACUCCAUCUGGACAUCAUAACAUAUAGGACCACCGUGACUUUAUUUAUUAGGUCAAUUCCAGUGCAUUUAAUAUUUUGUUAAAAGGUACAACUGGAAUGUAAUUUUGUUUCAAGCAUCAUCAUACUCUAUACACAUCCUAUGAUGAAAUCUACUAACUCAACUGACGUGACUGAAUAUUUAGAUUUAGGUGUUGCUUUGUUAGUACGUCUUUUGUAUUAUAAAUCCAGUUUUUAACAGAAGUAAACCGUGGUUAAUGGCUGGCGGUUAAGCCAAGCUGGUCGUGUGUUCUCUAACUCUGGGAACUGGACGUCCACAUGAUGUGUCCGUCCUCUCCGAGCCUGACGGCGCCGCUGGCCACCAGCUCCAGAGCGGCGGGGAAGGCUCGGUGCUCUGCCUCCCUGAUUCUGUCCGACAGACUCUCCUCGGUGUCGCUGCCCAGCACGGGCACUGCCUCCUGCGCCACGAUGGCUCCUGCGUCCACCUCUUCCUAAAACACAGACGAACAAAACAAGGGCUGUGUGACUUGUUCAG